GACGGGCUGUCAAUCACCGAGUAUCUUUCGCGUAGUUUCGACGCUCUGAGCUUUAGAGUCGCUUCUGAGUAAGCGACGAGACUGGAAGCCCCAGCAGCUCCUCGGAGCGCGGCUUCUGUGGAAAUGUAGCGGCUCUGGAAACAACCUGCAAUGUAGAUCCAAGAUGUAUUGGCGUAACUGGCUCUGAGAGACUGCAUUUCCGUGAAUAUUACUGAUUAAUCUGUUACCCUGCUGUGCCCUUCGCUGGUCGACAGAAGGAAGUUGCAAAAGUCCCCUCUGUAUUAAGAUUCAUGUUGGCUAAAGGACUGAAGCGCAAGCUUAGUGAUUACGAAGAAAACAUGGCUGGUGUUCCUGGUGCCUUUGAUUCUACUCCAGGGCUACCCUAUACCUUGCAGAGACAGUUAGUGCUUAACAUGUGCCUCAUCAAAUUGCAGAGCUGUAGAAUGCUGGUAGAACCGAACUUGCACCGUUCAGUUCUCAUAGCAAAUACUGUACGACAAAUUCAGGAGGAAAUGAGACAAGAGGGCAGUCAUGAGGCCUCCAGCAGUUGCAAUGGACCAAAUCCAAUUCCAGACACACACAUACCAUGUCAGGGAGGUACUGAAUUAACUGGAUCAUCUGUACUCAAUGCCUCGCCAGAUUUGAAUGGUUCUUCAGAUUUUUCAGAAAGCCAGUUAGAGAAUUCUUUAGUGUUGGUUUCAGAUAAUGACAUGUCAUCUGCCAUUUCAUCAAUCCUCAAAGACUUGGAUUUCAUGGAGGACAUCAGUCCAUCUCCUUGCCCAACACCUGCAGGUGAGAGUGAUGUAAAUGUACACUUACCUUUUGAAGACCGGCCCCAAGAAAUUCGGCCUGUGGAAACUGUAUUUGGCUCUUUUGAAAUCAGUAAUUCAACAAGUUAUCUAACAGACCUUGCUUUCGAUGACAUAUUUGAAGACAUUGAUACAUCCAUGUAUGACUCAGAUUUGUGUUUGCUUCCAUCGACGUCUGUUAGGUCACCACCAGCUACUGUGGAUGAUGUUCCAAAACCCUUUCAGUUAUGCAAUUCAACAUCGGUUAAUGCCAUUCAGAUUUGUCGAGUAGACUUAAGUGAUCUGGACCACAUCAUGGAGAUUCUUGUAGGAUCUUAAUUCGUCAUUUGGAUGCUUGAGUUUUGGGUGCUUGUCUUCCUUAUUAUUUCAAAUGGCGUUAUCUGCACCAAUGCUGAUGGAAAAAGCCACCAUCUUAACAAACUACAAUUCAGUCUUUUCAUCCUAACAGUGUAAAUAGUACAACCGUCAAUUAUUUUAAACAUAAAAACCUUGUAAACAAAAGACUACAGGGAACAAACAAUUAGCAUAUGGAUCUUGGAAGGUGAACUGUAUGCUAGUGUUGACAACUUCUGACUUGCAAUCCAGAAAUGUGGACAUAACCACUUGGGUUAUUUUUUUAUGGGAUAAGAUUGUUUUUAUGAAAUUAAUGUACUCCUACAAGACAGAAUAUUAAUUCAAUCACUAAGUUUUAAAUAGGGACUAAUUGUUUUUCUGCAUACCAACGACAGUUUUCCGUCUAUAUUGGAAGUGUGGGAGGAACUAAUAUUCUGAAAUCAUUUUGAUGAGCACAUUUAUUCUAUCAACUGGAGCACGUAAUGCGUUAUUUCCCUGAAGGUUUUUAUAUGGUAUUCCUAUACCAACAAAGGCACCUUUUAUCAAAAGGUUACAGGAAUGUUUUAUAUGACAUUUAAGCUAUUUAUUUUUUUAGAAUUUUAUACUCUAAAUCUGUGUUUGUUGUCUUGUUUGGUCUUUAUUUCAAGUCUGACAUGCUUUGCUGUUGGAUUUGGCUUACACUACCUCUUCCAAGAUCUAACAAUAAAGCUUUGUGAAAGAACAUUACACUGUACAUAAGCAGAUAGAGCUUUGGAUUUUUAAUUUUAAAAUGUUUGUGAGGAAAGCUUUUUAAUUUAUCCAGAGCAAUGCAACUUCAAAUCAUGUUGAAACCAACUUCAAUAUUUAUAUUUUGUUUUAUAGUUGUAAGGAAACAUUACAGCAUUAUGGAGAAAACAACAUUUGCUUGAUUUUAGGGAUUUAUUUUGAACUGAGCAUUUAAGACUAAAUUAAGCACAUUCAAGAACUACAUACUCCAGCAACUGUGCCAGAGAAUGUUUAUAUAGUAUUGUAACUGUAGAUAUUCUGGCCUGUAAACAAAUGUAUUGCAUUUUUAUUUCUAUGUUUCCUAAAAUGAACUAUCCAAAGCUGGUCUGUAAAUGAAAGAGUACAAGGGGAUGCACAUAGUGGGGAAUGAGGAAACCUACGUGAAAACUAAACCAGAGUAUUACUUGGUUUGGGGAAAGUCUGAAAUGGGUGUGACUGGUAAUUAUUUAGGUGCACCAAAUUUUGUAAUUUGCACACCAAAUUGGACAUUGCAAUAAAAUAAGAAGCCAAAAUUUAUCCAAUACAUUUUUUUAAAAAAAGGGAAUACUUGCUAAUCUUGUAUCUGAUUCUUAAAUCCAUGCUUUCUAAUGGUCUGUACUAUUGAUAUAAACAUUCAUAAUUUAAGGUCACUGCCAAGCCCUUGAACAAACAAUUGGAGAAAAGGAUAAUGUUUAAUGAUAGAAACAAAUUUGAAUUGUAUCAAGUUAUUUCAUACUCUUGAGCAUCUAACCAUUUCUAAAAACGUUACCACCUUUACAUUGUACUGCUUAGUAGUAACAUGGGCAAGAUAGAAGUGCUGACCUAUUAAUUUAACAUGCGAAAUGAUGUUGUGCAAAAUCCAAAUUCCUAGACAGACAAUUAGUUUGCUGCUCCUAAUGGAGGGACAGCUUCAUUAUCAGAGUUCCUGUCUUUCAGGUAAGGUGUAAAUCUAAGCUUUAAACAGUGGUCUAUUUAAAUGAGACUUCUGGCAUUUUGUCAAGCAAUCCCACGUUAACCAGCACCAUCAAAUGUUAUCAGCUAUUAAGGCUACACAACUACUGAAUUAUGCAAAAAGUCAUUUAUAUAAGACUGUGGGUGCACUUCUCAAAGUAAAUCAUUGAAAGCAAAAUGUUUUGGGUUUGAAUACUAAAAUACAAUUGUUUUUCAUUUUGUCUGCUCUUCAUCUUAUCGGCCCUUUUCAGUCGACUUGAUUCUCCUUAAAGGAGAACAGGAGAGUCUGCGCGUAGCUCGAGUGCUACAUCUUUGGACCUAAAUCAGUUUUUAAAUAUUUUUUAAAAAAACAAGUUAAUUCUAGUCUCUUGCUCUGCUUAAAUCAGCUGUGUUAUGUCCCUUUUGUACAACUACUAACUCAGGGCUGCACUACACCUCGAAGACAGUGCUUCAAGGUUGUGAGAAAGGCACUCUAUGAAUUCAAGUUCUUUUUUUUAAGUCACAGAGGAAUUGGGAUUAAGCAUUUCUUCUUUUCCCAAGGACAGCAACCAAGAGAACACUUCUGAGGGGUGAUUCUAUUCUGCUUUCAAUACUAUAAAUUGCAACUGUUAGUAUAUACUAUCUCAUGCGUUCUGGAUAACUCUCUCUUGCAUUGUUAUUGGAAUGAGAGCAAUAGUGAAUCUUGGAAAGAUGGAAAGUGCCCCAUUCAUCACAUUUGGGUACUACAGAUGCUUUUAAAUGUUCUAUGAAAUAAGUGGCAUAUAGCUAUAACAUUUAAGUUGCAUUAUGUUAUGUGAUAAAUGGCUGAUAAGCAGUUUGAUGUUUAGAUAAGUGGAAGUGUCAUUUGUGCAGGAAUAUUUAGUGAAAGGUGAUUGUGAUCUUACACUAGCAUGUCAGACUAGGUUGUAAAUCAACCCUUCCUGCAUGAGGUUUAGAUUGAUACCUGCAAUUGGAAUAGUUGUUACAGUAUAUAAAAUUACGAUAAAUCUGUAACUGUUUAAUGUAGACUUUUUUUUGUUCUUUCACAUCUUUCCCUACAGAAUUGCCAAUUCAUCUAAUAGCACAUUUGACCACUAAUCACCUGCCCCAUAACUUCAUUUAGAUGGACACUUGUUCCUCUUGGUAUUAAAAGGACAUGUGAUAUCUUGUACAGUGUAUAUAAAAUUUCUAACAUGUCAUUGACAAACCAGUUUCUAAUUCCUUAAUCAAGAGACAACACAUUUUUGCUUUUGUCUCUCCUGCCUCCAAUUCCACUUUAUGCUACAGGACUAAUCAUUAUGUCCAAGCUGUGAAAUUGUGCACAAAACUCUUAUUAAUCUGUAGGCUAGCACCUGAAUGACCUAUUCCUGUCAAGUGCAUUGUAAAAUCAGAUGCAAGAAAUCUCCACUUCUAGAAUGUUUGAGUGUGCAAUAAGUUGUUUUGUAUUCUGUUGAGUAAAAUGUGCUUUCUUUAUGAACAUCCUAAAUUUAAUUUGGCUUCAAGUCACUAGAAGAGUAAAAUGAACUAGAAGAGUACUGCACUUUGAUAACUAAAUUUAUGCUAGGUUAUAUCGUCAUUUGACUUAUGGAAUUUUUGCAUCUUCAUUCGUUACCCAUCCUACAGUUAGUUUCAACACAAUCUAAUAUUUUUCACAAGUAUGAAACAAAUUCAGAUAUUUAAAUUUUGUUUUAGAUCGUGAAAUUAUUAAGAUCUGUUGUCUUAAUAGGGUUUGAGAGGAAGAGUCACUUUUUGGUUCCUUCCUAACUUAAAAUUUGAUCAAUUUUUAAAGCACACCAGCAUUUAAAUGAAGGUUUACCAUGGAUGAAAACUUCUGGAAAAAGGAAACUACUUGUAGCAAUGGAGGUGAAAGCUCAAAUGUCUAAUCUGUAACUUGGUGUAUAUAUAAUACAUUAAAAAAAAUCUCAGUAUUUAAAGGAAAUCUGUGGGAGUUAUGACAAUGCAUCCUCAGGAAGUGACAAUUUUGAGUUUCCUGAGGUACUUAAAACAACCAACACGACUGACCUUUUAAGGAUGCUAUCUCAGUCUGAUUUUGCGCACGUUCACCAUAAAAUUCCAAAUUAGUUCAAGCCAUGGUGUUUUGGUGAAAUAUUUCCAGUAACCUAAUACACUAAAUGUUUUGAUUAAAUUACCAGCAUUUGUUCUGUUAUCUAUGAAGGAGACAAAUUUGCUAUUUUGUAUUUUCAUUGUUAAAAGUACUAUAUUUCAUAACAAAGCUUUAAUUUAAAAGGACAAGGCCAAUUCCAUAACUAAUGCAACUUGAAUUUCAGCUAGUCUGCAUUGGUAUCGUUUUUGUUUGUUACCACUUGUUCCAGCACUGAGAUUAAGCAUGGUGUAAUAGAAUUGAUUUUCUCAAACAUGCAUAGUAGACUUAGUAUUCUAUUUCUGUUUUUAAAAUGAGUAAUUUUGAAUGACUUAGAAAUUUCAGUGUUUCCACUUACUACUCUUGCAAUAUGUUUGUAACAGGUCAGUCAUAGUGAAACAUUUGCAUUUUUUUCCACUGUUGAAAAAUAAAGUUCAGGUAAAUCACU